CCAGAAGCAUAUUCCGCAUAACCAAAUGCUAUCAGAGCUCUGGUAAUCUACAGCAGUCCCUGUAAUCGAGCGUCUAGUUGUUUCUUUCUGAAUCUAUACUACUCGCGAUGGCCAGCCGUCAAAGGUCAACGGAGGCCCCCAUGGACUUCCAGUUUACAUCUCGUCCUAGCGCGAAUAUCAAACCUGUGUGGGUGGAGAAUCGUGAUGAACCUCACACGCCUCAGAAACGGCCUUUUAAUGACCUCAACCCUCCUGCCCCGCCCUUCCCCUCCACACCGUCACUACCAACAUUUGGUUCAAACCCGACUGUGCCGUUCAUAUUCCAAUCCCCGGCCCCACAAACACCUUACAUGCAUGCCUGGGCCCCGCCACCCCAAUUCUCCCCCAUCAAGGCAUUUCCCCAGGAAGAGAUCAGGGAUGUCGACAUGGCAGAGGCUAGCCCGCCAAAUCUCGAGGAGGCGUCCGACGGCCUGCGCGCGGUGGCGUUGGGCGGGAUGAAGCGGGUGUUCAAGUCACGGCAGAAAGCCCGGGAACGGGCGCUCCAGCUGGUGAAGAAGAGGUCAGAUGACGACGGCGAUGAGAGCGACGAUGACGGCGAGAGUGAGAGCGAUCGUGACGCGGUUCGGUCGAGUCCCAGGAAGUCGCGGGUGCAGAAGACGUCGCACCAUUACACGCUCAACAUGCCUUCGCCUUCCGCGCCGCAUGCCGAUACGCCUUAUAUUCUUUUGGGAUACCUUCAAUUUUUCUUCAACCUGUCACUCAUCCUCGUGUUCCUCUAUCUGGUUCUGCAGUUCAUUCUUACCGUUCAGCGGGAUGUGGAGCAGCGAAUCUCCGAGUAUUCAAUGGAUAUCGUGCAGGAAAUUUCCAACUGCGCGGCUCAGUAUAAAGCGAACCUGUGCGGUUCCAACCCCAUUCCGGCGAUGAUGCGCCAAUGCGGCGCCUGGGAGACGUGCAUGAAUCGCGACCCCACGGUCGUUGGACGUGCGAGGGUCGGGGCGGAGCUUAUCGCAGAGGUGGUGAAUGGAUUCGUGGAACCCAUCAGCUGGAAAACCUUGGUGUUUACGCUGACGUCGCUUGCGUUCCUGACUAUUUUUAUCAACGCCCUGCUUUCGCUCUAUCGAUCGCGACAUCACCCAGAGAUGAGCACGCCGCCUCUGCGUCACCAGCCGUCUUACACCCUGGCGCCUCCGACGCCGUUUCCUCCGCAAUAUCUCCCUGCGUCCUCAUGGGGAUCUGCUUGGAGCGGGCGGGAGGACGAAGAAGUGCAGACGCCAAGUCGGAGGAGACGGCUGGACAGCGGGGAAGCGGCCAAAAUCAAGUAGACGAUCGUGUCACGGCGGCUCCACGGGAAGGCGUGCAUGGGUAUAUUCUUAUAUGUUUAGUUCAUGCCUUGCUACGGAUGGACAUAUGAUUCUUUGCUCUGUUUC